UUAUAAAAUGCCAACUCCUACCCACCAGGUACGCCUGGUGGAAGGACUGGGACCCUUGGUUUGUAUGGGAGCGUCAUUGAUAGAUAAGUAUACUGAUAAGUUUGUAGUUCAAACGAGCGUUGUGAGGACUAUGGAGAAAACCUCGAUACCGAGUUGAUCGAAAGUCCCGGUAGACAUGACGACGGAGACAUAUCAACCGCCUCUGGCUCGAGCGAUAAUGAAAGUCACUGCAAGAUCGAUCUUCGCAAUUGUAGCGGGAUGGUGAUUUGGAAGGAUGCCAACCAUCAGGACCAGCAAACAUCAGACCUGCGCAUCGACCUACUCGUGGAUACCGCAAAGCGAGAAGCUGUUUUUGCCCUCCAUGGCUUCUUCUAUACCAAAAACGGCGGUCACAAAGCCUAUCUUUCGCUACUUGUUUAUCCGGAAAAAGUUGAGUCUAUAGAAUUCGAACGCGCGCGUUUUGUGCCUGAUUCUAUAAUGAACAACAUUCCCGAUGACAGCACUGUUUCUUUGCGUUUCACCAUGACACAACCGCCAAACCUCAUGGUACCAAAGGAUCGGCGUGUUGAGCCGAAGCCGCGGUACCAAGCUGUUGUUGAUACUAUCGCAUCUUUGGGCUCGGUUAAUCGAUUCACCAUUUACCUAAGUGACCUAACACCGGAGAUCCAACAAGAACUGGCUUUACUGCCCUCCGUCUUCUCGUCUGUCCGUCCAUUCGGCCGGUUACAGGCGGACGAGAAGUGGGCGCCCCCUAGCUCAUUGUAUCAGUACACAUUUGCUCAGGUCAUUGACUUGACCAGUGCUGCCCCUGUCUCUAACGGUGAUUCCACCAAGGAAUUCGAGGAGUUGGGAAAUCCAGUUGAGGCAGGAGCCGCCGUACCCCCGCCAUACUCACCAGGAGACUCCCAGCGUUCGAUACAAAGCAUUGGUCCCUCAAGUAAGAAGCGAAGGGCCAGUGAACCCUUGCUUGCUCACACCACGGAAAAGCACGGCGAUUCAGACUCCAGCAUACUGGGAUACGGAACACCAGGAAAAGGGCCUCAACCACCGUACACUAGGAGUGACAGUCUCGCAAGUCCUGCACACUUCUCAACCCCAUCUGACCGUAAACGUCAACGUACCGCAGAACUUCUUUCCCCCGUAACCAACGCCGAUAUCGUUUCAGCAUUGCGCCAAGUCCUCACGUACAACACCUCCCUCUCCAACCGUAUUUCACAGCUCGAAACCCGCCUCGAUCACUGUUCCUCUCGACUCGACUCGUUAAUAACCGAGUUCGUUGCCGCCACCGAUCGCACCCGGACUCCCUGCCGUUAUGACACUGAAGAAGCAGAGCACGUUUUCAGUCAGAUCGACCAGCGCAUCGAAGACGGCAUUCACGACAUACGCCACGAGCUCGAAGACACGAUCAAGGUCGAGGCGGAGGAGCGGGUCACUGAAGAAGUGAGGCUGCAACAUGAGGAACUUCGUGACAAAGUGGAAGCGGACUGGACCGAGGACGUGAGGCAGGGGAUUGCUGAGCAAAUUGCCUCGGAGGUAGAGGAGAAGACGACGCGCGAGGUCCUGAAGGGGAUCGCGGAGGUUUUGAUGGGUGCUUAUCAGGCCAGUCAGGACGGAAUAUCCAGCUUGUUCCCAGGCAACAGCAGAUUCGGUGCGACUGCAGCUCUACCUGGCGAAGCGGCCCUCCGUGCGGCGGUGGAGGAUAUCCAGAGCAAGCAUAAGGAUGAGUUGACGGGAGAGGAAAUGAUUGGGGUGUUGGAUCUCCUCGAGGAAAACCCGCUAAGUGCGGUCAAGUACAAUGCGUGUGGUGAGGAGACGAGAAGGGUGUAUGUGAUGAAGUGGAAGGCGGACGUCUCAGGACGGGGUAUCUUCAAAUCGACAUGGUAUAAGCGAUAAUGGUAGCGAUGGAUAUGUUGGAACUACUGGCAGGCAGAGGGAGUUCUGAUGCGCGCACAAUGACGAAUGAUAAUGGCGACGAUUAAUCGCAUGAUAUUUACUCUCCUAAAUGAACAACGGACAAUCGAUGCUGAGCCCCUUUUCACCAUCUCAUUGGA